AUGGAAGCGCUUGUAUCGGAGACGCGGCCAGACGGAGCCGACGCGUAUCUUUUCAAGCAGCUGGUUGCUCUUAAGCAGGACGUGAUGCGCACUGCAGCGAGUAUGAAGAAGCGUAAGCCGCAAGCAACAUUGGAUCUGGAGGCAAACCCCGACUCCACGCUCGCCGCUACAGUCACGGAGAGCCCCGCGGCGGCGGUCGUCGGAAGCCCGCCAGUGCGGAGGGCUGUGCGGAGCCUUUCCCCUCCCCCGGGGCCGUCCGCGCGUGCCGUGUCGUUCGGAAAGGACGGUGCCGCGGAGACCAGGACGAACGCUGGCGGGAAGGGGAAGGACGGCAAAGGAUUGCAUUCUACUGCCGUGUCGAAAGUUGCGAGCAUGCCACAAUCGUCCCUGAAGCCCAUUGAGGAGGCAUCAGCUGGGCUGGAAAUCGACCCCAAGCUGCUGACCGUGCUGGAGGAAGCAGCGCAGGACCGGCGUCAGGAGCUCGACCUGCAGGGCCACCACUUCAAAUCCCCGCUUGUGUACCUCCCAGAGUCCGUGGGGCUUCUAGACUGGAUCGUGGAGCUCCGCCUGGCGAACAACGGCCUGGUGGUUCUCCCCCAGGCCAUCGGGAACCUCUUCUGCCUCUCGGUCCUCGACGCCUCCUGCAACAAACUUGUCGAGCUGCCCGAGUCCAUCGGGCAUCUGGCAAAACUCCGAGUGCUGGACCUGCAUCACAAUUACCUGGAAGAGCUUCCCACGGCGAUCGGCCACUGCGAGGCGCUAGAGGAGCUGAGGCUCGGGUUCAACUCCCUCACUGGGCUCCCGGAGGCGAUCUGCAAGCUGGCGGAGCUGAAGCUGCUGUCUGCGCCGCUGAACCAGCUGACUUAUGUGCCGCGGCGGAUUGGGAACUUGGAGAAGCUGACGGAUCUGGACGUGCAUUACAACUCGCUGCAGUCGAUUCCCGAGAGCAUCGGGCGGCUGGAGAGGCUCACGUCGCUCAACAUCAGCGCCAACCACUACCACCUGAAGGAGCUUCCGGAGACGCUUGGGAAUCUGAGGAGCCUGGUGAAGCUGGAUAUUAGUGAGAAUUACAUCAAGAUUCUGCCCGUCUCGUUUGUGAACCUGACGAGUUUGAAGAAGCUGUCGCUGCAGGGGAACCCUUGGCAGCACCCGCCUAUGGAUGUGGUUAAUUCAGGCCUGCAGGGUGUGAUGGAUUAUCUGAAUUUGCAUGAUAUUGCGUUCUGCGUCGCCCUCAGCACGGCGCUAAGCCAGUUCCGCGACGUGCUGGCGUGUCUAGACGUCCAUCGCCACUCCCCUGCGCUCGCCGCCCUUCCGCCUGCGCCACCCUCCACGCCCCCGCCAGCUCCGCACUCCACCAGUCCACCCCUCCCCGCAUCAGGGGAAUCGGCCCGCAGGGAAGGGCGACAGGAGCGGCAGGGGGAGGAGGAGAGGAAGGGUGCGGAGAGCGGGAGUGUGGCGUUACGGGCGGGUAAUACUGGAGCGGGCUCGGUGGGGAGGGAUGGGUCAGGGGGAGCAGCACCGAGGCUAAGAGAGGGGGGGCUCGCUGUGGGGAGGCAGGAGCGGGGAGGGGAGUAUCUGCGGUUAAGGCACCUGCUGGCGUUCCUGUCGCCGUGGUUCUUGCGCUUGGAGUGCCUCGUCUGCUUCAUUGAUGACUGCAGAUCUUUACGCGGCGGUCCCUUCUUGGACGCAUUGGAGGCGAGGAAGAGAGCAGCGCAGGGCAGUGAGCGCGAGCAGCUCAGCUCAGCUCUGGGGGAGGCGGUGCGGCCGCUGGUGCAGGGCGUGGCGGAGUGGGCCGUGCUGGGGAACGUGGAUGCCCGCAAUGAGGAGUUUUUUGUGCGGUGCAGUGCGGUGGCGGCCAGCAAGGACGUGCUCUGGCAGGAGGGCUUCUGGAUGGACAAGGCAAUGGUCCCAGUGCGCCUCAUCCCACUCUCCCUGGCACACACCAUCGUCCGCGUUGGCAAGUCCAUCCGCUUCCUCGUCCACUGCUGCGGCGACAGGCUCGGGCCCGAAGCAGCGAAGCAGGUGGAGCGGGAGGUUCGGGGCGCCCGAGCCUCGCUGGAGCUCCGGGACGUGCCGAGGCUGGUGGAGAGGGUAUCAGCACAGGUGGAGACGCGGUUGGUACAGGUGGUGGUGGGGCAGUUUAAUCUGCUGCACCACUGUGCUCUCAUUAAACGCUUCAUUCUCCUCACCAACGGCCACUUUGCUCAGGUGCUGCUAGAUGAGGCGUCCAGCGAGCUCAAGAAGCCGGUCAACAAAGUCAGCACCAUCGCCCUCUCAGGCGCCCUCCACGGAGCGGUGCUGGCAUCGUUAUUCUCAGGGGAGGAACCAGCUCUGGCUGAUGCGCUGCAAGUCAAGCUGGUCAAUGACAGCACCCCUGGCAUUUCCGGCUGGGACGUGUUCACCUUGGAGUACCGCAUUCUACCACCUCUCACCGCUGUCAUCACCGCAACCGCACAGCACCACUACGCACGGCUCUUCACCGCACUCUUCCUCCUGCAGCGCACCCGCCGUGCCCUCUCCUCCACCUGGCUCGCCCUCAAGCCCCAAGCCUCCAGGCUUCUGCCACCCGUUGUCAGGGAGUCCAUUACUGCUGCGGUUACGGGCAGGUUCGCCGGAGGUUUGGGUUCUCGGGCAGCUGGAGCGGGCAACAAAACUAGAAAAGCAGACCCGGGAGGAAUGGGAGAGGGCGCUGCUGCUGGUGCUGGUGCUGGUACUGCUGCUGCGGCUGGUGCUGGUGGGGGGAGUCUAGAAGGUGGUGUUGGUGGUGAAGGGGGGAAGAGAGUGACAGGGGGGUUGCAGGCGUGGAAGGAGAGGGAGGAGGAGAAGCUAUUGGUGGGGCCUGUGAGGGGCGUGCGGGGCGUGUUUGCACGCAUGUCGCAGUUCAUGCGUGUGAUCGAGACGUUUGCUGCUCUCAGGAUCGAAACCAGCUGGAAGGACAUGGUGGAAGGGGCCAAGAGUGCAACGAAUCUGGACGAGUUAGUAGCCUGCCACGAGCGCUACCAGCAGGCGCUAUUGAGGGCGCUCUUCCUGGACCGCCCCUCUGCCGCCCUCCUGGGCAGCGUGCGCCGCAUCUGCCGCCUCGUGCUCGAGCUCUCCCACCUGGCUGCCCGCCUGCAGAAGCACACCGAUAGCGUGUUUGCCAGGAAGCUUGCUGCUGCACGCACCGCAAGAGCCAGCAGCGGCAGCAUCCGGAGCACCUCUGCGCUUCACACCACUGACAGCCUCGGGAACACACUAGCCGUGUCAUCAGAACUCCCCUCAGCACUCGCUUCGUCCGUUUCUUCUCCUACUCCUCGUUUUCCACCACCAGCAGCGGCGGCAGCAGCAGCAUCUGCCACUCACACUGCAGUGGCUGCGUCACUUAGUUUCCUUACCCAUGCUAACUGUCCUGUCGGACCUGAUCAUCAGGCUCGGUCCGAACCAGCAACUGACCGCAGGCUGACAGCAGCAGCAGCAGCAGCAACAGUAGCAGCAGCUACCUUGGGAUUGUCGGCAGUGCACGCAGCAGAAGCACCAGAGGGGGACGGUAGCAACGCUGGCGUGGGUUCAGGGCGAGAGGGAUCCGCGGAUGGGGCAAGGCCGGCAGUGGACUGGGGUGCUGCAGGAAAGGGAGAGGGAGGUGAGGGACCGGCAGUGGGGAGCAAGCACACGGCGCGCUGGCGAGUGUUCACAGACCGAGGCAGGGAGCUAUUCUCACAGGGUCGCCUACGGGAUGCAGAGCGGUACCUGCAGAGGGCUAUAGAGGAGGCGAAGGCGGGCUUUGGGCCGUCUGACCCCCACGUUGCAUCCAGCUGCAAUAACCUGGCAGAGCUGUACCGAGUAAUGGGGGAGUGGGAGGCGGCAGAGCGUCUGUUCCAAGAGGCUGCAGAGCGGUUGAGAGCGGUGGAAAUGCCUCUGCCGCUUGCAGCUACCCUGCAUAACCUGGGAGGGCUGUACCUGCAGCAGGCUCAGCUGGGGCAGGGUCAACUGGGGCAUUCUCAACCCGGGAAUGCUGAACUGGGGCAGGCUCAGCUGGGGCAGGCUCAGCUGGGGCAGGCUCAGCUGGGGCAGGCUCAUCUGGAGAAAGCUCGUGUGUGCUACGAGGAGGCUCUCCAGCUCAAGGCGAAGGAAUUGGGAGAGUCCCACCCAGACUACGCCAACACCAUGUUCCACCUCGCAGAGGUGUUUCGUCGGUUGGGGCGACGAGAGGAAGCACAGGCACUGCUGCAAGGCUCCGUGAAAAUCCUGGAGGGCAGUGCGGGCAGUCGAGGAACAACAGCCAUGGCUCGACCCAUGAUGCUGCUGGCACAGAUGCUUGUGCAGUCAGCAUCAGCACCAGCGGCCACCCUCCCCGCAUCUGCGGCUAUCAAUGGACAGCGGCAGGGGCAGCAGGGGCAGCAGGGGCAAGAGCAGCAAGGGGACAGCAGCAGCAGUAGAGGCGGAGACGCGGAGCUGCUGAGAGAGGCUGAAAGGUUGCAGAGACGAGCCAUCCAUGCGGUUGAGAUGGGUGAGGGCCCAGAGGCACCAGCACUGGCAGGCAUGCUUGCAUCGCUGGCUGCCACUCUUGAGAAGCAAGGCCGGCUGGAAGAGGCACGGGACGCUCUGCUCAGGUCUCUCCAUUUGAGGCGGAAUGCACUUGGCUCGGACCAUUUUCUUGUAGCCAGCACACUCACGCCCCUCGCUGCAGUCACACUCAAGAUGCUGAGUCGUCCACAGCAGCAACUGCCCACAGAUGCGCCCAAGGGAGAGCGAGUAGCAGAGGAUGGCGAGAAGAAGGAGCAGCUUGAGGAGGCACUUCGCGACCUGCACUGUGCUGUCAGAGUCGCUCGCAAGGCAUGGCAGCAAGCAGCAGAGGAACUGACAGCUGCGGCAGCAGGAGGCGACGCGGGAGGCAGGAGGGGGGAUCGGGUGCAGAGGAACAAGAGCAGGAACACACCACCCCCACCCGCGUGCCUCACGCUCCUUGUACAGUCUCUGGCAACAUCAGUACAGGCCUCCCUCACUGCCCUGCUUUCAACGUCCUUUUACACUAGGCAGUUACUGUCACAGCAAGCAGCAUCGGAUCUCAAGGAGCUUCUGCACAUGCUCUCCACUCUCAGCCCCCAUUCCCGCUCCUCCCUCUUUCCCCCUCCCCCCGCCUUCCACCAGGAGCCAGCACGAGCCCUUGUGGGUUCCAACCACAGUGUGCGAACUGCCUGUUUGCCUGCCCUCCAGCACCUCUCUGAUUUUCUUCGGGACCAGCUCACAGACAGUGGUGCUCGUGUGGAGGCAGCGAGUCAUGGUGCUGAAGAGAAGGCAUGUGUGCGAAGUGGUGGAGAAAUCGCGCCUGACCCUCCGCCAAGCCAACCGACCCCCCCUCAAGCUCCCCCCGCGCACACCAACCCGCUCUCCGCGCAUUCGUACCCUUCCCCUUCCCCAAACGCGCCCGGUUCCGCGGAAGCCGCCGCCGCCGCCGCCGCUGCUGCCGCGGCGGCUGCUGCUGGUCCGCGGCAAUAUCAAGAAGCGAGAGACGUGGGGAGGGCCGGCAGCGGCGGUGGCAGGGGAGGGGGGGGCGUAGGGGGAGGGGGGAGCUACGGCGGAGGGGGGAGUUACGGGGGUGGGGGGGAUCAAAGGGGACCUGCGGGAAGGGGUGGGGGAAGAGGGGGGAGUUUAGGGGGAGAAGGAGAGAUGGGGGGAAUGGGGGGGUAUUCCGGUGGACCCCCACCUAUGGGUAUGGCACAGGGGGGGAUGGGAGGGGUGGGAGGCAUGGGAGCGGUGCAGCAGCAACUGUUACCCGUGCUUGAAAGCAAGAGCCCUGCGGAGCUCUUCCAGCUUCUGACGGACCCCAAGGCGUAUCAGCAGCUGCUGGAGGAGAUGCCACAGCUUAAAGAAAUGACCAAGGUGGUGGACAAUCUCAAGAAGGGCAACGAGGAACUCGCCAGGUCGACGCUGGCAAUGGAAGCAGACAUGUCAGAGCUGAGAACACAGUGUCGCAUCAUUAGGGGAACGGAGCUGGCUUCUCUGGAGGAGAGGCUGGCACAGAUGGUGGGGCAGCAGAGAGCACUCACGGACAAAUGGAGCCCUGGAGCUCUCGUGCAACAGCUAAAAGACUGA